GAAUGAGCGUCCAUGAGUUUGUGGAGGAUAAUAUAAAGUUCCAUCCAUGUAGCACCUAUUCCAAAGUAGGUAGCGAUGGCAGAGGUGAAACUUGUGGGGUUUUGGUCUAGCCCUUUUGUUCACAGAGUGAUAUGGGCUCUAAAGUUCAAGGGCAUUAGGUAUGAGUACAUAGAAGAAGACAGGUACAACAAAAGUGAACUACUUCUACAAUCCAAUCCACUUCACAAGAAAGUCCCUGUGCUUAUUCAUGGAGGCAAAGCCAUUGCAGAGUCUCUAGUGAUCCUUGAAUACAUCGAAGAAACAUGGCCACAGAAUCCAUUGCUGCCAAAAGACAACCACCAGAGGGCCUUAGCUCGCUUUUGGAUUAAAUUUGGAGAGGAUUCCAUCGCCUCCAUUACUGAUCUGUUUCUCCGGCCCCCUAAAGAUGAAGAAGAAAGAGCAAGUGCAAGGAAAAAGGCACAAGAGACUAUCAUGGUAAUGGAAGAACAAGGUCUAGGGGAGAAAAAGUUCUUUGGAGGCAACAACAUUAGUAUGGUGGACAUAGCAUAUGGAUGCCUGAGUCAUUGGUUAGAAGGGUUGGAGGAAAUUGUGGGGAUGAAACUGAUUGAAGAAAACAAAUUUCCUCGGUUGCAUGCGUGGACUCAAAAUUUCAAACAAGUUCCUAUCAUUAAAGAAAACCUUCCUGAUUACGGGAAAUUGUUGAUCCAUCUCCAAAAGCGUAGACAGGAAUAUGUCACAUAGCCAACCAGAUCGAGUUUUACAUAUUAGCAAGUGCUUAAUCAAGUUACAAAAGCUUGUUUUCAAUUAAUAUGGUUUGCAUGUAAUUGAAAGAUAUCAAUAAAACUAUAAAGAUUAUUCCUAUCAAUCUAUUGUACGAUCGGAGUGACAAAACAUGUUAUUUAGGCCAUGGCCUAAUCCAUUUUUUAUAUGA